UCAAGGCUCUCUCGUCGGGAAGUAGAUUUCCUUGUGGCCCUUUUUCCCUCACGUCCCUGCUGCCUUCUCGGUGCAGAUCAGAGAUUCUCGGGGGCUAGUGCCACCGGGAGCGCAGCAGGCCGAGCUCCUGGCUCUGGGCAUAGGUCUCCGUUCGGGAUUUAGGACAGCCUCAGAGGUGUCCUGCUCAGAGGAAUGGAACCUGCCUUCGGGGAAGUGAACCAGCUCGGGGGGGUGUUUGUCAACGGGAGACCCCUGCCCAAUGCCAUCAGACUGCGAAUAGUGGAACUGGCGCAACUGGGUAUCAGACCGUGUGACAUCAGCCGGCAGCUCCGCGUUUCCCACGGCUGUGUCAGCAAAAUCCUGGCUCGCUACAACGAGACCGGCUCCAUCCUACCGGGGGCUAUCGGAGGCAGCAAGCCUCGAGUCACGACCCCUACGGUGGUAAAACAUAUCCGGACCUACAAACAAAGGGAUCCGGGCAUCUUCGCCUGGGAGAUCCGGGAUCGCCUGCUGGCCGAUGGCGUGUGUGACAAGUACAACGUGCCGUCGGUCAGUUCCAUCAGCCGCAUUCUCCGGAACAAAAUCGGGAACCUCUCCCAGCAGAGUCACUACGAGGCCUACAAACAGCACCAGCCUCCCCCCCAGCCUGCUCUGCCUUACAACCACAUCUACUCCUACCCCAGCCCCAUCACUGCUGCAGGAGCCAAGGUGCCCACCCCUCCCGGGGUGCCGGCCAUCCCUAGCACCAUGGCCAUGCCCAGGACAUGGCCGUCGUCCCACUCGGUGACGGACAUCCUGGGGAUCCGCUCCAUCACAGAUCAAGUGAGCGACACUUCACCUUACCCCAGCCCCAAGGUGGAGGAAUGGAGCAGCCUAGGCCGAAACAGCUUCCCCGCCCCGGCGCAGCACGCCGUGAACGGGCUGGAGAAGAGCUCCCUGGAGCAGGAGUCCAAGUACAGCCAGGCACCCAAUGGCCUUCCGGCCGUCAGCAGCUUUGUGUCGGCACCAGCCAUGCCUCCGUACGCCACACCUGCCCAAGUGUCACCUUACAUGACGUACAGCGCUGCCCCAUCUGGCUACAUGGCGAGUCACGGCUGGCAGCAUGCUGGAGGCACCCCGCUGUCCCCUCACAGUUGCGACAUCCCUGCCUCACUGGCAUUCAAGGGCAUGCAGACAGCCAAGGAAAGCAGCCACUCGGUCAUGGCAUCUGCUCUCUGACACAGGAGCCAGUUUGGGACCACCACAAGCCCGCAGGCUGGCAGUCCCCUGAGCCUGGCUCAUGGACUGCUCUGUUUGUGCUGGCCAUGUUCUGGCAUUUCUCCUCAUGACUUGUCUCCGGUAAGGCUUUUGGGAUUGAAAGAGCCGAAGACACCAGAAACUGAGAGAAGUGUGGUGUUGUGCUCUUUAAGUAAAGACCUUGUGUCCCUCAAAGGGCUCGUGGAGCCUUGUCCCACUCUCUCCUGGUCAAACCACAUGUAUUUAUUCUUAAUCACCACAGACUCUCUAAAUGUGCAAUUGUUAUUAAGAUUUGUGUGAAAAUCAAUAAAGAAAAAUCACCACAGGAAAUUCUGCUAUGCCUCGAAUCAGCAAAGGUGGCUAAAUGGGAGGCAUUUGCCAACUGCCUAGAGAACAACCCUUUCAUCAAUGAGGUUAUGCAAUCCACUGCUAUCAAGAGAUCAUUUUUUGGUUGUUUUCUUGGGUUUCGGUAAUCAAAUACAGAUCAAGGCAAUAGGUGGCUUUCAGAUUCUUCUGGCAUGUCACCAUUGUCAGACAGUAGUAAUGUCUUUGUGUUUUUAUCCAUUUGUAAAUAUAGACUUUUGACAGCGUUUGUCCCUUGAAAGCAUUUGUACCUUCCAGGACAUUUAUUUU